GCGUCGCACUAACCGAAAGCAGUGUGUGUGGAGACUAGAAGAAUUUUCUUUUCCAGAUUCAAAUUAGCAGCUAUGGUCCAGCUUCACGUUAAACGCGGAGAUGAGAGCCAGUUUCUUUUCAACACCACGGUGGAUAUUUCCAUUGAGACGCUCAUUCAGCAGGUCACUCAGGUCUACAAUGGCAGGCUGAAGGUGGACCGGAUUUGCUCUGAGAUUCCUGAACUUGCAGAUCACGGUAUCACACUUCCUCCCAACAUGCAAGGCCUGACGGACGACCAGAUCACAGACCUGAUGUUAAGGGAUGAAUGGGAAGACAAGUGCAUCCCCAGCGGUGGGGCAGACUUCAAAAAAGAUGAAAUUGGAUGCAGGAACGGGCACGCACCCAAUGAAAAAAUGAAGAAUAUUUUGAAGAAGACUAUGGAAGAAGCCAAAGCGUUGAUCUCGAAAAAACAAGUGCAGGCGAACGUGUGCGUUACCAUGGAUAUGGUAAACGAAGCUCUGGACCAGUUGCGAGGAGCAGUGAUGAUCGUUUACCCAAUGGGCCUGCCGCCUCAUGAGCCCAUCAGAAUGGAGUUGGAAAAUCAAGAAGAUAUUGCAGGAACACAGGCUUCUCUACAGGUGAUACCAGAGAAAGAAGCUCAGCUGUGGUGGGCAGUGAAAGAGUUGCAUCGGGACAAAAAACUACAAGAUUACAUUGGAAAAAAUGACAAAACAAAGAUUAUUGUGAAGAUCCAGAAGAGAGGCCAGGGGGCGCCAGCACGGGAGCCUCUGGUCAGUGAGGAGGCGCACAAGCAGAUGAUGAUGCACUGUUACAGGAGGCAGGAGGAACUCAAGAAGCUGGAUGAAGCAGAUGAUGAUACUUAUUUGCAGUCAGAGUGGUCAGACCGGCAGGCUUUAAAGAGACAACUUCAAGGACUUACAAAUAUCAAAUGGGGCCCAAGAUAAAUGGAUCUUACUGACUUUAUCUUAGAGACGGUUUUUGCGCAAAUUGAUGCCUUUUCGGCCUACCUGUAGCGGAUAAAAUAUAGAAUCUUCCAAAUCUUUUAAAUAAAUUAAUGAGUUUGUAAACA